AUGGAAGACGAUUAUACUGAUAUUCCAAAGGUUCAAGGUGCUGAUUUAGAUGACAAUAAAUUAGAUAUAUUUCGUAGCUUUGCAGCUUCAAUCAUUGCGGAAUUUUCUGGGAAAUCAGCUAAUGAUAUUUUAAGUUUAUUGGAGGCACCUAAAAGUUCUGAACAUGGUGACAUUGCAAUUGCAAUUCCAAAACUGCGUAUUAAAGGAAAUCCUACACUAAUUGCUAAAGAAUGGGCUGAAAAGUUUAUUCCAAAUAAAUUUAUAGUUGGAGUAUUUCCCAUUAGUCAUUAUUUAAAUUUCAAGAUUUCAAAACCUCUUCUUACUAAAAUUAUCCUUGAGGAUGUAUAUAAAAAGAAAGAAAAAUAUGGUACCAACAAAUCUGGUGUGGGUAAAACUGCAGUGUUAGAUUAUAGUAGUCCAAAUAUAGCAAAACCAUUUCAUGCUGGCCAUUUGAGAAGCACAAUUAUUGGUAAUUUUAUUAAAAAUGUACAUAAUGCUCAUGGAUGGAAAACAAUUGGUAUUAAUUAUCUUGGUGAUUGGGGUAAACAAUAUGGACUUUUGGCUGUCGGAUUUGAGAAAUAUGGGUCUGAACAGAAAUUAAUUGAUAAUCCAAUCAAACAUUUAUAUGAUGUAUAUGUUAAAAUUAAUGCUGAUAUUAAAGAAGAUCCAAGUACCUAUGCACGUUUGAAUAUAGAUUUCGAUGUUUACUCUGGUGAAUCUCAAGUGAAAAAUGAGAGCAUAACACAAGCAUUAUCUGCCAUGAAGGAAAAAAAUAUUCUUGAAGAAUCAGAUGGAGCACUUAUUGCUGAUCUAAAAAAAUACAAGUCAGAUAUUGCAUUGAUACAGAAGAAUGAUGGUACUACUCUGUAUAUUACCAGGGAUAUUGGUGCUGCAAUUGAACGUUAUGAAAAAUACAAAUUUGAUGUAAUGUAUUAUGUUGUAGCAUCUCAACAAGAUUUACAUUUUAAACAACUUUUCAAACUAUUGGAAUUGAUAGGAGUUGAAUGGGCUAAUAAGUGUAGGCAUAUAAAUUUUGGUAUAAUUAAUGGAAUGAGUACUCGUAAAGGCACUGCUGUAUUUUUGGAUGAAAUACUAAAUCAAACUAAGGAAAGCAUGCAUGAGGUGAUGAAACAAAAUGAGAAUAAAUAUUCACAAAUUGAUGAACCUGAUAAAGUAGCUGAUGUAAUUGGUAUCUCUGCUGUAAUGAUACAAGAUAUGUCAGCUAAAAGAAUUCGUAAUUACUCGUUUGAUUGGAGUCGUAUGUUUUCAUUUGAAGGUGAUACUGGACCUUAUCUUCAAUAUGCUCACGCUCGACUUUGUUCAAUUGAACGAAAUUGCGGCCUAACAGUAAAUCCUUCAGCCAACAUUGAUCUUUUAUCAGAAGAAAUAGCGUCAGUUCUUAUGGAAAUGGUUGCACAAUAUCCCGAUGUAGUUAAGAGUGCUUUACAUACAUUAGAACCUUGCACAGUUGUGACAUAUGCUAUGAAGUUAAGUCACACGGUAUCAAUGGCUUUAGAAAGCUUAUGGGUUGUUGGAAAAGAACAUGAAUUAGCAGAAGCUAGAUUAUUAAUGUAUUGGGCAACUAGAAUAACGCUUGGAAAUGCACUUAAAUUACUUGGUUUGAAACCUUUGGAAAGAAUGUAA